CUGCUGCAUAAUCAUUUACAUGUGGAUAUGCAGAAGUGGGAGAUGGAAAGCUAGUGGCAAGUGUUGAAAAUUUGUGCUGAUGGAGACACCAGGUUCUGUGGAAACAAAAGAUGACAGUCGACUGUUGUUGCGAGAAUCAAGUCCCUCUACUCCACGAUCUUUGCGACUUGAACGAGUUGCACGAGCCUUAGCACAAAGUAGUGAAGAGCUUAGAAGAGAAAAUACUUAUAAUGCAAGCUUGCAUCCUAUUACACCUGCUGUUACGACAACUAUUACUACGACAAUAGCAUCCGUAUCAUCUUCCAUAACCACAGUUCCACAGGAUUUUUAUAUGAGAGAUGCAUAUUUAAACCAUAUACCAAUGAUGGAUGGAGGGUUUCUAAACUCUACCACCCCCUUCAGCUCCACCCAUUCUUCCCAAGAUUCCUUGCACAAAGCACAAAAAAAAAAAGGACUCAAGUCAUCACUUGGAAGAUUUUUUAGUAAAAAGGAAAAAGUGAAAUCAAAAGACAUUUAUGGAGUGACACAACAGGAAAAUGAAGUAAUUACUAGUGAUGCAUUAAACCUAACAAGUGGAGGAUUGGGACAGAAAGCUGAUUUUGACAGACGCACAAAAAAAAAACAUGAGCUACUGGCUGAAUCUAUGAAGGCUGGAACUCCAUUUGCUUUGUGGAAUGGUCCUACUGUUGUUGCAUGGCUAGAGCUCUGGGUGGGAAUGCCAGCCUGGUAUGUUGCAGCUUGUCAAGCAAAUGUGAAAAGUGGUGCUAUUAUGUCUGCUUUGUCUGACACUGAAAUCCAGCGAGAAAUUGGCAUUAGUAAUCCUCUCCACCGUUUGAAACUUCGUCUAGCCAUACAAGAGAUGGUUGCUCUUACUAGUCCUUCUUCACCCAAGCCCAUCCGAACUAGCUUAGUAUUUGGAGAAAUGAAUCAUGAGUGGAUAGGAAAUGAAUGGCUUCCUAGUCUCGGUCUACCUCAGUACCGAUCAACUUUCAUGGAGUGCUUAGUGGAUGCUAGGAUGUUGGAACAUCUCUCAAAGAAAGACUUAAGAAUUCACCUUAAGAUGGUUGAUAGUUUUCAUAGGACUAGUCUACAGUAUGGGAUCAACUGCUUAAAACGAUUGAAUUAUGAUAGAGAAGCAUUAGAAGAAAGAAGACGAAGCAGUGACCAUGAUAUAAAAGGAAUGUCAGGUGAGUUAUUGAAACUUCUUCAAGUUUGGGCUAAUGAACGGGUAAUAAAAUGGAUCAACUCCAUAAACCUCAAAGAAUACUCGAAUAAUCUUGUAGAAUCUGGAGUUCAUGGGACACUCAUAGCAUUAGAUGAAAGUUUUGACCACAAUGCUCUGGCCUUAGCACUUCAAAUUCCUACUCCAAAUACUCAAGCUAGGCAGGCAUUAGAACAAGAGUUUUCAAAUUUGCUUAUGAAAGGUACAGAUAGAAAGCCAGAACAGGCAAGACAGUUUCCAGUGUCUAGAUAGUUUGUUGUUGGGCUACCACUUUUCCACUGUGCCAGUGUCUCUCCUCCCCUUCUCCAGCUGUAUGUGCUUUGUGUGCAUGGUCUGUAUUUUCUGUUGCUGUUGAAAAUUUAUUCAGCUACUUUCUGUAACCAGUGCAACUUUGAAUGUUCUGUUGCUUUGUUUAGGCCGUGAAACAUCCACUUCACACAGGAGUUCCUCAUCAGAUUAUACAAGGAGACUGCCUUGUUUGACCACACGGCUAUUGUAAUGUUCAUUAACUCCCAGGCUAGAUUUAACAAUAUCAAGAGCUUCAUGUGUUUUCUAGUCAAAGAAACCCCACCAAGUUAGACGACAACAUUUACUUAGAUAUGUCUAUGAAUACGUUUGUUGCCGAACUAGUGCCACUCAUACCAGUGAUUGUUCUGGCUCGUUCUCAGCGUUCUAUUUUCUAAUUCAAGUUCAGUUGAAUCAAAAGACUGCUGUGUUAGAAACUUUCAUUACUUAUAAAUGACUUUGACCAACAUAUCUUCUAGAUUCUCAGUUAUGAAUGUUGCUGGUGUUAUGUUUGUUUUUGUAAAUACAACCACUAAGUAAAUCUCUAGCUUUAAUGCUUUGAAGUAGAAAGUUUUACCAAGACCCAGGUUCCUGUUUUGUUUUUUAAAAAUUAACUGAACAUUUUGUAACAACUUUUGUGUGUGUGUGACAUUAUAAUUUUAUUCAUUCAUUCAGUGUCAUAGCUUUAAUUGUAAUCUAUGUACAUGUAGCAUUAUUUAAGCAGCAAAUCAUUCACCCUCUGUACAAAAUAAUGUAAUCAUUGUAUUAAUAGAAAAGUAAAUAUUAUGUUUUACACCAAAUGUUUCCCCAAAGGUAU